AUGCGGCGCACGGAGUAUCCUGCCUACGAGAGGUUGACGUAUUCCGUUCUCCAGCUGAGUGCUCUCAUUGCUAACACUCCGCAUGUCGAGAUUCUGAUCUUGUUGAUGUUCGAGGUGGUUGGUUUCUUCAUGUCGUCCAAAAGCUCAUUUGUCUCCGACUUCUCAACAAUUCGCCCAAACCGCAUUGAUUAUUCACGUGUCGGCCCAUUUGUGAGUAAAAGGAAGCGAUGAAGGCUGUUGUGGGACUCCCGAAUCUUACCAGGGGCGCGUAAAAACAUACAUCGGCGUCCAUGAGAAGCAGGAGAUGCAAACAUCAGUGGCAAGAUUUCUUGCAAGUAGCGUAUGCGAACCUUAUAAUCGUCGUGGGUACCAUUAAUCAGUUUAACGAGCACAUUUUGAUAAUGCAAGAACCGACUGAUAUUAGGUAACAAUCGGUAGAUGGCACCCAAAAAAAACCGCCUAACCAAAGCAGCCUGUCUUAGGGGACAGGUGGUAAUAGGGUUUAUGGGUGGUGGCUGGUCGAGAUAUACGGUACUAGCCGACGGAAAGCCUUAUUUAAACAGAUGAAUGAUCGAAGUUGGCCCGCUCUCCGUUCCGUUAUUGCAAAAUAGGUCGCCAAAGGCGGUAUAAUGGUAACGGACGAGUGGAAGGCGUAUAAUCGUGUUCCCUCUAAGGGUUAUUUACAUUUCUCUGUUAACCACUCAAAGAACUUCAAGAACCCUACCACCGGACGGCACACCAAUGCCAUUGAGGCAUACUGGAGUAGAAUGAAAAGGAAACUCCACGAGGGAGGCCCUGUAUGCGGUCGAGGUCCGUGGGUUCACAUAAACGAAGUACAGUAUCGUCUUUGGUUUGGCCUUAAUACCAUGUCUCUGACAGAUGCCUGGGAACUGUUCCUGUCCCAUGUUGUGCAGACUUAUCCUAUUUAAAAGUGAUUUUGUUUUGUAAUAAACUGCCAUAAUACGAAUGUAUGCCGUAUAUUCAGGUGUACGUGUGUAACGAUGGGGAAGGUUGGGCAACAGCGACCAUCGUCCAUGCAGCCUCCUGCGAUGUUCAUUCGGCCAGCCCAUGUUAGGCCGUCGGAGAAAGUCCAAGUAGUGCGUGAAAGUAGGCCUGCAACCGCUGAUAUAGCCUGAAGGUAUUAUUUCUAGGUAACAGAGUUUUUUGGGUGUCAUCUCCCGAUUGCUACCCGAUACUACUUCUGUUAAACCUGGUAUCUUCAAAAUAGACUCAUCAUAAUGGCAGAUCACAGGAAACCCACCAAUGGGGAGAAAGAGCUAUUAACCAGAAAGCGUCUUCAUUGGAGUAAAAAGAGGAAUAGAUACGGUGCAACCAUUAAAAACCAAUGUUGGCGUAGGACAUCUUGUGGUACUAGACGCAAACAUCUCGAGGCUAGUAUGUGGUUAGUGUGCAAGUUUUUUUUAUUGAAUUAACACAACUGAGUCAAAGGGAUAAAAAUCUUUAAAAAAUUAUGUAGGCGCCCUCAAUUUCAAUAACCGCCUGUCAAAGUCCCUUCUCGACGACAGGACGAUCCUCUUCGGCUGUCGGAACCCAUUCGGUUGCUCGAAUGGAUCUGUCACCUGCGUGCUGCCCGCAAUCCCUCCGAACAGAACUUGGAACUCAUUCGCCAAAGUGCCACCGGUCGCACCUUCUACAGAGUCAUCCGGUUCGUGAACUUCAAUGAGGAACUCCUCUUCUGGUUUCGUCAGGAGGAUAUUCUGACUCUCCUAGCUGACUGGUAUCCACUCCACAGCGAGGAGUCUGCUGCCAAAUUGUUGGUCUUCCAGUUACUCCGAGGCGACAGUCCACGUGGAGGAGGUGAAAUAGGUGGGUAUUCCGUCUGGUCUACUGUCGGUAACUAACAACCCAUUGCCUUUUGGCCUCGAGAUAGAGACCCUUAAGGGCUUCUUCUCCAGCUGGCCAAGAAAUGCAAUAUUCAGAAGACGAGUUGGCGAGCAUGAGUCGCUCUCGAUAAAUGCUCCCCAUGCCAGUACAAUUAUAUGGGAACGGGGUACAGACAAGCAUGUCAUUGAUUGGAAAAUCGAUAAAAGUUAGUUUUAAAAGACAGGCGGGACGAGAGCGGAAGAAAGCGAAAAGUUGCAUGUGAUUAGGCAACCUUUGCCCAAGGUAAGCGCGAAACUUGAAUGAGGUCCUUUUGGGCGCAUAGGGUUGGUUUUCGUAACCUGAUUGCGGCCGCUUCUGUUGUCGCUAACAGGCCCUGACCCAGUUGCUUAGGAUAGCUCGAAAGGACCUUAUAAAUCACAGGAAAGGCUUCAACGGGGCCCACAAGAUGUCCGGAAUCAACUGCCUGCGCAAGAAUGGCGCUGCUUAUGCUCCAAGUUUCGCCUUUUCCCAGCCAUGCAGGGAGGUGUAAUCGUUCAGGCACCGCGCCUACCGUGGGCAAAGAGUGAUUAACCACAUGCAACUUUCUGCGUCCUUCCGCUCUCAACCCGUCUGUCUUUUAAAACUAACUUUUAUCGAUUUUCCAAUCACUGACAUGUUUGACUGUAGCCCUAUCCCCUAUUAUUGUACUGGCAGGGGAAGAAUUUAUCGAAAGCAACGCAUGCUCACCAAGUCAUAUUCUGAAUACUACUAUGGGAAUUCGCAACUCGAGAUGCAACAUGUGGAGAAACAGUAAGCCGGUAGGAUCCAGACAGCAGUUCUUUCAGACUUAUUCAUGUCAUAAGUGGGAGAGGCGUUCAACGAAAGUGGUUCAUUAUGGGUCUAACGAUAGCUAGAAUACGUCUCAGGACCCAAUGAACGCCGUGAGACUCGCUCUAGAGACAUUGUUCCACCUCAAGGGGGCCACAAGCGAGCAGGUCAAGAUACCUCAAUGGGCUCACCAAUCGCCGGACUUCUUGAUGAGGUGGUGGACUAAAAACCGCAAUGACGGCUGUUCAAGGGGUGAAAGGCCUAAUUUCAGGCAUGCUGUACCGGCGACACCCUUGUCACCAUCGACAAAAACAAGAUUGAUUAUUUGUAACGAACGCCAGAAUUUCGUCCCUGACCGUUCUCGCCUGCCCCCAACCAGCCGCCUAGGUGCUGACGACAGUCUUCAGGAAACCUAUUAACACGCCGUCAGUCCCCACUUACAACAACAACAACAACAAAAACCUGACGAAGCACAAACUAGGUUGCAUGCACACCUAUAUUAAAGGGUAGAAACACAUUGCAGAACGCUAGCCGCCAAACGAGACGGAAUUAUGUCCCUUCGAAGACUAUUCAUAGCCACCGGGCUACCCACUCGUAUCCGUUGGGAGUAUUCAUGGCGGUGAACAGUAGGUGGGUUAACUCAUGAAAUGUCAACAGAAAUCUCGAAAUGCGUUUCCGUUUCGAGAAGAUCAAUUAAGUAGGGUUGUAUAGCUAAUCAUCGUGCAGCAUAAUUCCAUAAUAAUUCACUUAUCCCAGGGCGCCGGCUUUCGAACGAACUUCUUUUCAGCUGCGUCCCAAAACCAUACUCCGUAAAAAUUGGCAACGCAAGUAGCAUGCAUUUUUCUCAUUGAUUUUCGAUGCCCUUAACGAUUCAAUUAUAUUUCAAGGAAUGUAUGCAUAAAAGUAUUCGUUCUUUUGCAUAUUCGGUAGAAAAUUACGUCUUUCAAUUUUACACUCGAUGGAAGGGUAUAAUUCGGUUGUCAAAAAGUUUCUAUUUGUGAAAUUUUUUAAUUUCAUGAAUUGGCCGUUCAUAAAACAUCAUGUCUCUGCAUUUACCAAUGGGCCUUAUAAAGUUAAUAAUGUGGUUCAAAUCUACUGCUUAAUUUUAUGAACCCUACAUGAUCCCCGUUUAUUACUGUAGAGAAAUGUAUGGAUUUUCGUACGCCGUAAUUAUACGGCUUGUAGUUUGGGAACCCUGAAUGCAAGUGUAACGGCAGGUUGGGUUCAAAAGUAUUCGGGAAUCGGAAAUGUUUUAUACAACAAAUUAUGCCCUUCCUUCGAUUGUGAAAUUAAAAGAAGACGUAAUCUUUUACUGAAUGAGCAAGAGAAGGAAUAUUUUCAUGCAUGCUUUGCAUGAAAUAUAAUUGAAUCUUUAAUGGCAUCGAAAAUCAAUAAGAAAAAUGUAUGCUACUUAGAUUGCCAUUUUUUACGGAGUAUGGUUUUGAGAUGCAGUCGAAAGGAAGUUCGUUCGAAAGUCGGCACCCUGAGAUAGGUGAAUUAUUAUAGAAUUAUGCUGUACGAGGAUUGGUUUUACAACACUACUUAAUCAAUCUUUUCGAAACGGAAACGCAUUUCCGAAUUUUUGUUGACAUUUCAUGAGUUGGCCCACCUACUUUAUACCAUAAGUAAAGGGAUUUUUAGAGGCCGUGGCAAGAUCAUCCACACUAGUUGGAAUAGGAGUUUCUCUCAGACCUGACUGAACAAUUCAAUGAGAAAUGAUGCUGCUAGAUGACCCCCUUUCCUAGCCUGGAAAAGAAGGCCGUUUCUGUAGAAUUUGAUGCAACUGCAGAAGUCUAUUUACGUCGGAGAAAGUGGUCGAAGGCUGCAAGCGCGAAUACAGGUACAACAGUGAACUGUUUCACUAAAGGGCCCAAAAUAGGCAGAAACUGACGUCGCGCAAACAAAACGCAUAUCAACUUUGAUGUCGUCUGGACUGUUGGCCGAAAUGAUGAUCACACAUCAGGGCAGGUGCAAGAAGCCUGAAUAUCUACUGACAGAUUAGCUAACCAUCACAUAAGCUGCCUCGAAAUAUCUGAUUUUACGAACCUACUUGAUGCGGCUAAACGACCCCCGGGCUAGAUCGGAGUUGGUAGCCAGGUAUGGGAAGCGGACGGCGACCUAAACCCUAAUCCUAACCUUAACCCUAACCUCAAACGUAAACGUUAACCGUUAACCAUAACGGCAACCCUAACCAAAAUCGUAAACGUAACCGUGGCCCUUAGACAUAACCGUAAAUGACAAACCUUACCGUAAUACUGAAACCUAAUCGUACGCUAAAUCCCUAACCGUAACCCGAAAACAUAAGCCUAAAGGCAUAACCCCAACCCGAAAAUCGGAAACCAUUAACCGGUACCCCAAUCCUAACCUCAAACGUAAAAUGGAAGCCAAAUGGGUCAGAUGUGAUUAUGGAGCCCCAUAAAAUAGCCCCAGUAAACAAACUCCCCCGCCACCUAUAAUACGGGCCUGGCUACCAACUACGAUCUAGUCGACCCCUGUUCCUAGACAGGAAAAGGAGGCCCUUUCUAUGGACUUUAAUGCAGCUGCAGAAGUUUAUUUACGUCGAAGAAAGUGGCUGAAGGCUGGAAGCACGAAUGGAGGAACAUCACUGGACUGUUUCACUAAAGGGCCCAAAGUAGGCAGAAGCUGACGCCGCGCAAACAAAACGCAUGUCAACUUUGAUGUCGUCUGGACUGUUGGCCGAAGUGAUGAUCACACAUCAAGGCAGGUGCAAGAAGCCUGAAUGCCUACUGACAGAUUAGCUAACCAUCACAUAGGCUGCCUCGAAAUAUCUGAUUAUACGAACCUACUUGACAAGAGUCAGUGAAUCAAUCCAGCCAUCGCGACGGUCAACGAGGGCAGGAUGAUAGAUGUCACGAUGAAACAGAAGUCCGAUUCAGUUCCACAGCCGGUAUUGGGGACCCACACAUCAGUCAAAAUACGCCCUGUAAUGAGAUUUGCGCACAGGGGUCUCCAAACUUUGAAGAUGGAUAGCGGAAUUCGCUAUUCGCAACUUCAGGCCGCAAAUAGACCCCCCCCACUCCCAAUGAACGCCUCUUCUCCUGCUGACAUGCCCCUGGAGAUCGCACUUUUGCUACCAUUGACUUAUUCUCAAGCCAACUGCGUCCCAAGUCGCGCUAAUGGCUAGUGGAGGGUGCAUAAAGCGCGUAGCUGGCCAGGAAGCCUAGUCAAACCGAUGGAACCACUUCACCAGAAAAACGAAGUCCUGUAAGUUUAAGGGAUAGGAGCCGGUUCGCGCUGAAACCGUAGUUAGAGCAGUGUGCGUCAAUGCAAACGUGCAGACGUAUUUGAGUUUAGUUUUACAACACGCGAACGUAUGGCAUCUAGUCUCUCACCGGUUGCUCCCACGCACAUACAGUUGGUGACCUAACUCAUGAAAUGUGUCGAAAUUUACGAAUGAUUGCCAAUCACUCGCAAACCGACACCAUUUCGUGAGUCCAAUGUCUAUGUUAAAUAAGUACAAGUUUAAAGGAAUUAAAAACAUAAAAGAAAUAUCAAAGGCAGUGUUGCGUUGUUUAGAAAUGCCGAUUUAUUUUGAAAAGCGCAAUAUCCCGAAAACGUCAUUAAUGGCUCUAAUUUAGUAAACUUCGUUUUUAGAUGUAUAGAAUGUAUUCUCAUACCAAAAACGUUGUAAAUAUGGAAGUAGACAUAAAAUAACGCCCAAUAAUAGUGUUUUAGUGAAGUUUACAUCUAAAUAUCGUUUGAUAAGUAGUGUGAUUUCAUUUAUAACGGUUUGUUAACUGCCUACAUUCUGAGUGUAGAUUCCAAAACAGUUUUCCAAUGAUUUCUGUUUUUUUAUUUGUUUGAAGUAAAUGAGAUGGGGUUCAACAAGCGAACCUGGAUUUUGCACGAUUUCACCGAUUGGGACGUCGUAGGAUAAAGCGUUUUCAUAAGGUGACAUGCCAUGAGGCCGGUCGGUGCCUAAUAAAUUUAAAUAGAACUGGCAGGCGUGAUCUUAAACAUACCAUUUUGUGUUUAUAGAGAAAAGUUUUCUUUCGUCAAAUUAAUUUACCCUUUUCGUUCGUUUUGGAUUACGUUGAGUUUCAGAUCGGCCUCGAAGUGUUGCUGAAUACUUCAAGAUUUUCAGUGUUUUUACUCGAUCGUCCGUAGAGACAGAUUCUGCAUUACCUGUCUGUUGAGAACUUUAAAAUAAGAUUAUCCUUGAAGGGAUUUUCCGAAUCAUGCCAACAACCAGGUGGGCCAGAUUUAAAACAAGCACAUAAUUGAGGGGGCAGUAUUGUUCCGGGUCAAGUAAAGCUUUCACAGGGCCGCUGUUGGCCGAAAGUGCGUCGUCUUGGUGAGAAGCAUGCUUUAUAACCAGUCAGAGAGAAGAUGUGCUGGUCUGUAAGCGUCUGCUAUGCCAGGAUCAGCAAAUCAUGGCCUUUGUAGUCUGGUAUGCGCUGGCAGCUCUCUGAAACCUGGUUCCCUGCCGGCAGAUGCUCUUGCGCUUCUGCUGGAUAUGUGAGCGUGGCCGCCCAGUCAUCCUCGUAGUCUUUCUGACCCGUUUUGAUGGGUUUGUUAGUUAAAAUCCUGGUUAACUGUUGUGUGGACCAGAGGGUGUGGAGUGGAGCGCCAAGGCGCGGGCUUAGCCGCGCGAUCCACCUGCGCCCCCCGCCUCCGGUCUUCUUGACUCUGUCAUGACACCGGGCCCAGGUGGGGGAGAAGGAGAGAGUGGGGUAGAUGCAGCGCAAGUCUACAUUCACUGUAAGCUACAUCACGCGCAAGUCACGGUGCCUGCUUCAACUUGCUGUGGAGCACACUGUGGACAUUGUCGGCAUCGACGGCAGGAUCGCCACACAUUAGUGAGGAACAGAGACCAUUGUAGCGGCCUGCGUCUGGGAAAUAAUUUUGACAUUUAGUCGCCUCCUUGCAUAGUGACGGUUAAGAGCACACGUAAGGGACAACAGAAGCACGAGAGAUACUCAAAGUCACCCAAAUAUAAUCCGUACUUCGACAGAGUACCAUUUUAUUUUGAUAUACUUGGGAUGACGGAAAGUGAGACUACCAAUUGUAGACAACAAAAAUGCCGCAUAUUUUGCUUAUUCGCCUAAUCUAUUCCGGAAAAUGUCAUUUUCGGAUGAAGAAUAUGUCUACAAAUAAUUUUAUCAGCCAGAAUGUUUGAAAAUAUGAGCGGAAAUCUGUCUCAUGAAAUGCUAGUUGAAAUUCGUAAAUGCGUUUUUAAUUAAAAAAGACUACUUAAUCAGGGUUGCUAUAUUACUUAUCGUGCCGCAUAAUAACAGGAUAUUCCAGUGUCAACAAGAUGCUGGCUUUCGAACAAGUUCUUCAUCGAUCAUCUGCAAAAAUGACCACUCAAGCAAUAUGAAUCUUUUAAAUUUAUGUUCGAUAGCCCUAUAAAUUCAAAUAUAUUUUAUACAAAACAUGCACAAAAUGUUCUUUUUAUCCAUUUGGUAUCAACUUACACCUUUAAAUUUUACCCCUGAAGAAGGAAUGACUGUUGGGUUAUAUAAAUACUUUCUCAAUCCCCGAAUAGUCUUGAAUCUGACCUGCCGUUGCACUUGAAUUCAGGGUUACCAAACUAAAAGCCGCGUACGUUUCCUGUAAGGAAAAUCACAUAUUUCUCUGUGGCAUUGUGAAGAUGACAUGUAGGAUUUAUAAAAUUGCGUAGUGGGUGUGGGCCAGUUUGUUCAGCAUUAAUAAAAGAGCUGAUGCGAUGAAAAAAUCAUAAUUAGAAACUUUUUUUAAAACCGGAAGAUACGCUCUCUUCAAGUAUAAUUUAAAGGAGACGUAAUUUGGUAUUAUGUGAGUAAGAAAGAACACUUUUGUAUGUGUUUUCCACAAAAUGCAUUUGAGUUCAUAAAGACAUCGAAUUUAAAUGGGAAAAAUCCAUGCUUCUUAAGCAGCCAUUUUUACGGAGUGUACUUUAUGUAAACAGUCGAUAUGAAGCUCGUUCGAAAGUCAGUACCAUGACGUGACUGGAAUAUCUUGGUAUUUUUCGACAUGAUAACUAACUUUACAACCCUAAUUAAAUAAUCUUUCCGAAAUAAAUACGCACUUAAGAAUUUCAGUUAAAAUUUCACAAGACGGCAUAUAUACUGUACAUUGCCUUGUAUUCUGGCAGUUGCCCAUGCCAAUAGGUGCUCUAGGUUAAGCCUACGCAUUCGAGUGCAUUUUUUGAUGAGAGGUGAGUAUUUUAAACUCUAGGGUUUUGCCGAACGGAUCUUGAUGCACAUGAAAAUUGAUUUUUUUCUACACACAAAUAAGGUGGAGUACGACAUCAGCAAGCAGGUUAUUUUUGGAAAGCCAGAAGUUGCAUCGAAUUUAAAAAGUCGUACUAACAAACCUACCUGAUUCCAUGCCCUCAAACGCCGACACAACGCAUACAGGCAAUUCUCUGUUUACGCGUUUCGACGUUCUUCCGUCGUUUGUGAAUAAUGAAUAACACACUGCCAAAAGAACCUCCAGCAACUAGGUAUGUUGACUUUUAAGCACGUGGUAAGACACUCUUUGAACGCCUUAGUUCCCGCUAAUUCGUUAUUGUAAACGGACGCGGCAGAAUAUUAAAUGUUUAAGCAAUAUCUUCGUGUUUAAAUAUCCACUAUUGUGCGAAUUCGUAAUUGUAGAACGAAACCUAUUUGUAAGCAAACAGGGUGAAUAUAGAUCCAAUGCAAAGAGAGAAGACUGUCAUCGCCACGACGCCCCUAUCAAAACAAUCAGGCGAAUUCUCGUUUGCCGUUGGCGGACGUAUCUAAAACAAUGUUCAGUCGAAAAGAUGCAGCCAGUUCUCAUGAAACAUCUUGGAAUCUAUCCUCGAAAUGUAAACUGUUGGCAAACUGUCAUAUUUGAUAUUAAACUAGUUCACACGGGGCAUUUGAGUGAAAUCUUCACUAAAGGUCUAUUUUAAAUCCUCAUUCCUAAAACUUACAGACUCUCUCUACAUCUGAGGCUUAGGUUUACUCACUUACAGCGGUUUUUAACGUUUUUGCAAUUUUAACUCUUCCAAAAAUGUUAAUUAUAAACAACAAUUUUGCUUUAAGCGCCUUUUGCUGUUUUCUGUUUAUUAAUUCAUACUUUCGCCCAUUAACUUCGUCAGGAUUUCGAACGAUUAGUAGUGUUUCAUGAGUUUGGCUGCAUACUGCAAUCCUUUAGGCACCGCAUGUGACUAUAUAAGGUUCAAAUCGAGUGCCAUUUUGGAAAUAGAGUCGAAAAAAAUUAGUAAGCGUCUGGUGAACUGAAGCCCCGCCAAUAAUCUAUGAUCAGCCAUCCAUCGAUUACAGUUUGGCUUACAGACAGAAGAAGAAAAUGAAAAUGAUGAUGAUGAUGAAGGGAAGGAAAAAGGAGGGAAAAAACGCUUUAUUUCGAAAUAUUGGUUAAAAUUUUCAGCAAAAACGUCUUAUAUUCACCUUGAGUAGACGAAAUAAAUAGCACCAGAUUAUUAAAAAUGUGACAUACCAACCGGAAAUUGCAACUGUCGACACCAUUGACAAUCGUCGUUGAAGUUGACGCCAAAUGUACGCCAGAUUGUAUAUACUUCACACCCAUGUAGUGUACAUAUGACCCCAUGAUCGUAGUUCAGACAAGCAGUUGUAAAAACCAUUAUAUGGCGAGUAAAACAUACAAACUGAUGUACAAUUAAGGCAAAUUCCACGUGACUUGAGAAUAGAUAAGAGUGGUACUCGACUCAACCAACCAAUGAGCUACGUAGGUGGCGCGACUCAUCAGGCCAUUCCGAAAAGGACAGAGGCGUCUAAAAUUCGAUGCCACCAGCUACUACGAGGAAAUAAGUAGAAAAAACCCACGUGUGGUCCAGAAAGUGGCCAAGAGCAAAUGGCGGGAUCCCUUGAUGUCAAACUCGCAGUGGCACACAUGUCUACAUUGUCUAGGUUUUUCUCGAAUAUGCUGACUUUGAGGACGAUGACUUAAUUUAUUUUUAAAAAGUUAGGUCACUUUCCGAUUUCUUAGCAGUUAAUAACAGUCUUGCAAACCAGCUUCAAGAAUUCCCAUAACAACGGUAUGCCUAGAGACAUGACCGCAGAGGGAAUUUUUUUGUAUUUUGUUGAGGGCAUUGUUUAAUCAACUGGUCAGUAUAUUGAUUAGCUGAGUAGACGAAUUGCGGCUUUGACCAACAUUUAACUGGAAUACGCACACUGGUUAGGCUGAUAAGCCCUGCCGCGAUUUAAAUUAUAUAGAGUAACAUCAUUUCCAAAAAAACUUCUCUCAAACUAUUUAUCCUUUGACAUUUUCUUAUUCUUCUUGGCCUCAACCACCACGCAUUUUUCGAUUUUAACUGACUUGGGUUUUUCGAAUACUGCUGAUAGAGCAUGUGGCUUAAUAUAAAAUUUUGCAGUUUAAUGGGAAGAGGCCCAAUCCACAGACUGACUGGCUAUGCGGACAUAAUCACAAUCGCUACCGCCAUCCCACCAAUUAAGUGACGACAAUCACAGUGAGGGCGAUAAGAGCAAAAAUCGAUAAUAAUCGAUGAUAGUCAACUCGUGUAGGCUCGUACAACUUAGUUCGAUUUUAUGUAAGACAGUAGAAAGCGGGCUCAGAUUUUGGCAAUAUCAGUAAAUUCCCCCAAAGUGUUCUGGAUUCUCCUACACUCGUCUAAUCCAGGAAGUGAUUUGCUGGAUUUUAUACAUUAAGAGGUCGCCGGAGAAAGAAACUAUCCGGAGUUGGAUGGUCAUAAUGGAAGCGAAGAUGAUUUCCUAAAUAAACUUCUGAAAGAAGACACUUAUCAGACUCUUGAAUUCGAAAAACUUUUGUUUGUAAGCAUGUCAGUCAGCUAAUGAUGUCAGUCAUUUAUUGUAAUAAGUUAAACGUUGAAAAUGGAUGUCCGUCGGUGUUUCAGUCAGUUUGGCCGCCUAACCGUCGUCAGUACACUGAGUGCAUAAAAAGUGCUAAAAAUUCGAAUGCCUUGCAAAGGUAGCCUAUCCUAAGUCGAACGAUUCUCUUCUUUUUUCUCUGCCUCCGCAUUUUGGUGAAAAUCUUGCUGGUUUGAGAAGCGUAUGCAUUGUUAGUCAUCAGCUCCGUGGAAUGUACUUCAACCAUUGGGUGGAAUGACGACCCUGGAAGUUGAAAAAUGCAAACACUCCGACAUAGAGAUUUGAAGAAAGAGAACUACCCUAAACGUGUUAUACGUCUAGAUAAAAAUAUCGAAAAGUUUCCCAAAAGAGGGAAAUCGAACGAUGACUCUCACUGUUUGAUGACUUCUACAAAAUCAAAUAACAUUGAGUGUGGCUGCCUAUCGUAAGACGAAACUUGCGAUACUCCACUGUAGGAGGAAGUUGCCUUUGAUGCAACUGGCAGGUGCCGACUUCACGAAUAUCUCGCGAUAGUUUAUCGCUUAAGGUGUUCAAGAGAUUAGAAGAAUUGGGGAGAGGGAGGGAGGGAGGCCAAGGACGGUCAAAAUCAGGACGAGUCAUGGAGAAGAGUGAAAAAGAAGAAUGUUCUCAGGCAUUCUCUGAUCCUCAAUAACUUGUUGCGGCACAUAAUCACUUUAAAAUACAGUAAAUAGGCUGACUCACGAAAUGUCAACCGAGAUUCCGAAGUGCGUUCUCGUUCCGAAAAGAUUAAUUAAUUAAGAUUGUUAACCUAAUCAUCGCUCAGCGUGAUUCUAUAAUAAUUCAAUUACCUCAGGAUGUCGGCUUUCGAACGAACUUCUUUCCUCCUUCAGGCGAAAAGUGUAUUUCGUAAAAAACGACUACUUAAUUAACAUGCGUUUUUCUCAUGGAUUUUCGAUGCCCUUGAGAACUCUAUUAUAGUUCCUGGAAAGCAUAUGUAAAAUAUUCAUGCUUCUACUCAUUCGGUAGAAAACUACGCCUUCUUCCAAUUUUAUACUUGAAGGAAGGGUAUAACUCGGUUUCCAUACACUUCUCCAAUUCCCGAAUAAUUUUAAACCCGACCUGCCGUUACGCUCGCAUUAGGGUUUCCAAACCACAAGCCGCAUAUUUUCCGCAUACGGAAAACCAUACAUUUCUCUGUGGCAUUAAGAGAAGACCAUAUGGGGCUCAUAAAAUUUAACAGUGGAUUUGAGUCAUAUUGUUAACUUAAAAAACCACAUUGGUAAAUGCAGAGACAUGACGUUUUAUGAACGGCCAUUUCACGAAAUUAAAAAAUCCCACAAAUGAAAACUCUUCUAAAGCCGAUUUUUACCCUUCCUUCAAGUAUAAAACUGGAAGAAAACGUAAAUUUCUGCCGAAUGAGCAAAAUGACGAGCAUUUUAAAGCAUGUUUUCUGUGAAGUAUAAUUUUUAAGGGCAUCAAAAUUCAUGAGAAAAGUACAUGCUAAUUGAGUAGCCAUUUUUGCAGCGUAUAGUUUUUAUGGGCAGCAGAUAGGAAAUUUGCUCGAAAGGCGGCGUCCUAGGAUAACUGAAUUAUUAUAGAAGUAUGCUGCAUUAUGAUUGGUUUUACAAGCCUACUUAAUUAAUCUUUUCAGAACGAAAACGCAUUUCGGAAUUUCAGUCGACAUUUCGUGAGUAGGCACACAAACUGCAUGUCUUGUUAGGAGUACACUGACUCCAUGGACGAAAAUGGACUAUUUGUUGUGAGUGUUUAAAUGGCCGAUAUUUACUUUGCCUACCUCGUGCACCCUGACAGCUCAGUCAGUCUCGAGCGAACCAUGGUUGAUGCGAAUUAGACUUUUAGAUUGAUAUUUAGCACCAACAUCUCACUCUAAAUGCAAAAUGGUCUAUUCAUUGUGUAGUCCUACCGAAUAAGCAAUAUGACAUUUGGUGGACCGACUGCGCCAGGUGCGUCUGUGCGCAUGUUUGUGUUUCUGGUUCCAGCUGCUGUCGGUCAGGGUUAUCAUUGGCUGAAUGAAGGCACAAUAAGCCCCAAACAGUACAGUAUCAAUCUACCCGCAUUCUCUGUCCUCCCUCCUCGCUGCUAUCAUGACUUGGCCGACAUCGGCCUGGUAAUUGGUUGCCUGUUCGUGACCUUUGCCACCCAUACGGAGCUUGUUUGCUUCGCGAAGCCAAUAUGCGCCCAUUCCUGAUUGGAUAUGACAUUUCUUAUGCAGCAAAUAUCCACCUGCCUUGAUUUGACUUUUAUCAGCCCAACUCUCCAACAAGAAGGCUCUACGAUGCGUGCCCUGUCAGGUGGCUUUUCUGCACAUAUAUCCCUACAUCUGUCAUCGACUCUUUCGCUGCCAACGUCCCCUGGGUCCCAUCACCGCCGCGGACACCAAAAAUCUGCUUCCGGACGCCCCCUACCACAGACCUCCGCUCACGAUUGGUCAGCCGGGUGCCCAGGCGCGAGCUGACAGCUUUCAGCUGACGCCACACUGUCCAUCCACCAGCGCCAGGGCCAUCCCAGGACAGCCUCUGAGGAUUGAAUCAAACAACCCCAUCAUACGAGAGCUCUUCAGCGGACUGCUCCUCCCAGCAGCCUCUGAGGACGGACCCCUGAGCCAGUCCGCCGGGAAUCCGCACCAGCAUCAGUUGACGCGAAACUGGUGCGCCAAGUGCUGGAGCGCCUUCCAACUCACCAGCGACCUAGUCCAACAUAUGCGCCGAUGUCAGCGCAGUCAACAGUCCAGCAAUGAUAGCCUGGCGUCUGCUGCAGUUGAGGUAUCACCGACGGAUCGGGGUCGACGGCUGUCUCUGGAAAGGACUAAGGGGGUUGGCGAGGAGAAGUAUGAUGCAGGAAGAGCUGUUGGUGGUGGUGGUGAUCCAGAAGAAGGCAUCGGCUGGCGCCAAGCCAGCAGCCUGCGUUCUCCCACAGCAUGUGAAACCAUGAGAAAUUGUGCUGCAAAUAAAGUCCAUCUUAGCUAG